GUAGCCAUUGAAUCCGGAGUGCGUUUGAAUUGUAUUUGCCCAUCCAUUGUUCAAACUGACCUACUGAGGAAGUCGUUGGAAAGAGAUCCAUCUGUGAAACAAUUCAUUGAUCAGCUUGGAAAACAAACGUAAGUUAGUAAACAAAUAACAGACCCGGUUAUUUGAAGAAAAUAGAGAUACAUGCAUUAAACAUUCCAAAAGAAUAUUUGAUAUUUGUAAAAUACUAUAUCAAUCGCGCAUGUAUGUAAUUUUAUUUAUUUAUUUAUUAACUUUACAACUAAACUAGUUCCAGGCCAUCCCGCGUGACUGGAUCGGUUUUGAACUGCGGGAUAAAUUCGUAAAUAAUCAUUUUAUGAAAUUAAAAUCUGGUCGUCACCGAUGUCGUUCACGAGUUAAAUUACUUAAGGUAAAAAGUACAGGUAAAAGGUAAAAUUGAAACGUCAUUGUUGCCAUAGCAACGGCAACGGUAGUUGCGCAACUUUUGUGAAAAAUUAUAAGUAAGAUGCUUUUUGUUUUUAAUUUUCAACAGGUAGGCCUAAUACUUGUCCAAAAAUACGGAUCUAGAUAUAUCGCAAAUUUUCUAUUUUAAAAAAAUUUAUCAAGCCAUCUUUCUACGUACUAAACAUUUAUUUUAAAAUUCGCACUUUUAAACUUCUGUUUCAGUAAAUGAAGUGUACACUGUAAUAUUCAUUCACUAUAUGCGAUAGUGUCGUAUUUGGGCCGGCCAAGGAAAAAUAUGAGAGAGGUUGUUUAAGUAAUUAAAUUCCUAGUUUAAAUUCCUAAUUCAUAAACAUUUUCUCUCCUCAAAUUUUCCAACAGGGUUGAUGUGGUGGCAGAAGGUUUCAUCCAACUUUUGAACGAUGAAGAUAAAGUCGGAGAGGCGAUGAGAAUCUCUGUUCAAAAUAGAAUUGAUUAUCACACAUUUUCGGAACAAAAUAUCCCACUUUAA